AUGCCAGCCCUCAAAGAUAACAUCAAGGACUCCAAGAUGCCCGGCGCUACUGAGGAGCAUCUUGUUAACUUUGCUGCUGUUGCUGAGGAACUAAACAUCGUCUCAAAGGCCGCUGCCGCUAAGCGGUAUGAGCGCCUUCUGAAGGCCCACGGAAUUAAUCCGGCUUCGCCGCGUAAGAACGCAGCCACAAAGACCGAAGAGGAGGGAGAGCCUUCCACUCCUAGCAAGAAGCGCAAGCGGGCUACUGCUCGCAACACUACUGCUUCAAAGGAAGACGACGAGGCUCAAGCUAGCAAGACGCCCACGAAACGCGGCAAGAAGGCUGCUAAGGAGGAGACUGCGGUUAAGGAGGAGUCUUCUGAUGUGAAGGAUGAGCAAGAUAUCAAGGAGGAGUCGGACUCCGACGCCAAUGUUAAGAAGGAGUCCAGUGAGGGUUUGUCAACACCACCAUCAUCAUCAUCAUCACAACCACACCCACCUCGACCACCACAGCCCCAAACACCCAACCCGGGUUUGUUAACGACCAUGGCAACACCUGCUACACCACCACCCACGCCGCCCAAAGAUGAAGACCGCAUCAUCCUGGGAGAACGACGGGUUCCGGUCCCGACUUCGACUCCAGUUUCUGGCUCGUCACCAGCACCAUGCAGUUCCAACUUUGACUUCUCGGAACACAUUGGGUCUCUGCUGCUCAUUUGGCUGGCCAACACCACACUCAACAUCAGCUUCUCCAUCAUCACGGUCCGCAUUAAGGUGGCGAGGUGA